AUGCCCCAUGUCUUCCUGGUCAGGAGUAGGCGUCUGCAAACACCUAAUUGGGACUACCUGCCUGACCAACUCUGGGGAGAUGCCUAUGUCCCAGACUGCAGCAGCCUGCAGGGGCUACCAGCACACCAAUCUUCCAAUCUUGAGGAGUCUUGGGCAGCAAUAGUGAUUUGUUGUGGUAAGGGCUUUCACAAUGCCUUUGCUCACAUGAGGAUUCACACCAGAAACACUCAGGGUGCAAUGUGGGUUGGCUUUGGUCAGGAGGUCAUUUCCGUCUGUCCUGUCUGCCCAGGGAUCCAUCCAUUCCACUGCAGAGUUUGUGGGAAAGCAUUUACAUAGCACUGAUAGCUUGAAACACAUCUUGCCAAGGUGCACGGCCGGUCAGCCAGCCAGACGCUUACUGCUUACCGUGAGCUCCGUGAGAAGUUACAUGUGUGCAAGAUCUGUGGCUUCGCUAGUUCGAGGCACACUUUGGCGCAGCACUGGGCCCUGCACUGCGUUGCUUGA